AUGCAAGCCGUCCAAGACAUUAUUGAUCUCUACUUGGAACAUCAUAUCCUAGUGCCCACUGAGUCACCCUGGAAUACCCCAAUAUUGCCCAUCCCAAAAGGGGAUGGCCGUUUCCGCCCGGUUCAGGAUUUGAGGCCCGUUAAUUUGGCCACAGUAAUCAUCCAUCCGGUAGUCCCAAACCCCUAUGCAAUAUUGGGCUUUAUUCCCCAGGCUGCCCAGUGGUUUUCGGUCAUAGAUUUGAAGGAUGCCUUCUUCACUAUACCCAUACAUGAAAAUAGCCAACAUCUCUUUGCUUUUGAGUGGGAAAACCCCACCACGGGUUGGAAACAACAGUACACUUGGACUAGGCUGCCUCAAGGAUUUAAGAAUUCACCAACUCUCUUUGGUGCUGCAUUGGCGAAAGACCUCAAGGCUUUACACAUACCGCCCCCUGAUGUAGUGCUGCAGUAUGUAGACGACCUAUUGGUUACUGGGCAUACAGAAGAAGUUUGCUGGAACAAUACACAUGCCCUUCUGUCCCUUUUGCAAAGUCUAGGAUACAAAGCCUCUAGGAAGAAGGCACAGUUAGUUUUGCAAUCAGUUAGAUAUCUGGGCUAUGAUAUAGAACAAGGGAAGCGCACGUUGGGCCAUGAACGCAAGGAAGCUAUCUGUCAGCUCCCCACUCCUACGAAUAGGAGGGCCCUGAGGGGCUUUCUGGGUGCAGCUGGGGUUUGCCGCAUAUGGAUCCCCAACUUCAGCCUUAUUGCCAAACCCCUGUAUGAGGCUACUAAAGGUGCCAAUAGAGACCCCCUACAAUGGAAUGCAGAGGAGGAAGCUAGCUUCUGCCUGCUUAAACACACUUUGCUACAGGCCCCGAGCUUAGGUCUCCCAGACUUGGAGAAACCAUUCCAAUUGUUUGUGGACACUAAGCAAAAUGUGGCGGUGGGAGUCCUUACCCAGGUCAUGGGGACAUGGCACCGCCCUGUGGCGUAUCUGUCAAAACAACUUGAUAACGUUGCUAAGGGAUGGCCUGCUUGCCUUAAGGCAGUUGCUGGGACUGCCAUCUUGACACAGGAGACCUGCAAACUAACCUUUGGCCAACAAUUGGACAUCUAUAUCCCCCAUGCCCUUAAAUCAGUGUUGGAAACAAAAAGCCAUCUGUGGCUGACCAACCCUGACAUGUUGAAAUACCAGGGACUUCUUACUCAUAACCCUAUGAUUAAUAUUGUCCAAUCCACCUCCUUGAACCCUGCUACACUAUUACCUGAACCCAACACUGGACUAACUCAUGACUGUAUCCAUACUAUUGAGGAAACCUAUGCCAGCCAUCCUGACAUGAGUGAUAUACCUCUCCCUGCUCCAGAUUACACCCUAUUCACUGAUGGCACUAGUUACUUACAGGAGGGAAUGCGAAAGGCGGGAUAUGCUGUGGUUACCCUGGAUGAUGUAUGGGAGGCAGCCCCUCCCCCCGGGACAAGUGCCCAGCUGGCAGAACUACAUGCCCUGACUAGAGCUUUAGAGCUGGCCCAAGGGUUGGCGGUUAACAUUUAUACAGAUUCAAAGUAUGCCUUCCUCACGGUUCAAGUCCAUGGGGCACUAUAUAAGGAAAGAGGGCUCAUCACUGCGGGAGGCAGGGAUAUCAAGUAUGGUCCCCAAAUAUUACGUCUCUUAGAGAGUGUAUGGGCCCCUAACAAGGUCGCAGUUAUGCAUUGCCAAGGACAUCAGAAGGCCAUUACUGAUGUACAAAAGGGAAAUGAGAAGGCAGAUAAACUUGCGCGAGAGGCUGCCCAGAAAGAUUUCACUGACAUGCCCACAGAACGGGACCUUGCAAUAUGGGUGCCCGAUGCUCACCCACGACCCCAUUACUCCAAAGAUGACAUGGCACAAAUUGAGGCUCUUGAGGCACACCUAGAAGGGGAUUGGUGGGUCCUGCCAGAUAAUAGGGUGUACAUACCCACACAUCUGGCAUGGGAUAUUGUGCGCCAGGUACACCAACAGCUGCACCUGGGGAAAACAGCCCUGACAAAGGCACUGAAGCAGGAACUGUAUAUAAAUAAAAUUAGUAGCAUUGCAGCCAAUGUCUGUGCUCGCUGUGAAGUUUGUGCAGCUAACAAACCUAGGCAGGGCCCGCAACCCCCCCCCCCCCCGAGGCCACCAACCUAG